AUGGAAAAUUCUCAAAUGAGAGUCUGCAAUGGCGCCAUCAUUGUUUUCCUUUUGUUUUUCUCAACCACUGAGGCCAAUUACCUCAACCUGGUUAACCAGUUCAUGGCUCCUCAAAAUGCUGCUCGUGCCGCCAAUAGAAUGCCACCAUUGGUGUGGGAUGAAAGGCUCGCACAUUAUGCUCAAUGGUAUGCUAACCAAAGGCGUGAAGAUUGUGCUUUGAGGCACUCCAAUGGACCUUAUGGAGAAAACAUAUUUUGGGGUGGUGGCGAUGGUUGGAUACCUUCCGACGCGGUUGCUGCUUGGGUGUCCGAGAGUAAAUGGUACAAUUACUGGUCUAAUUCCUGUGCCGGAGGGCAGGAAUGUGGGCAUUAUACGCAGAUAGUGUGGAGCAGUACCAAAAGAGUUGGGUGUGCCAGGGUGGUUUGCGAUGGAGGGAAGGGUGUUUUCAUGACUUGCAACUAUGAUCCUCCUGGGAAUUUCAUCGGAGAAAGACCUUAUUGA